AAUUAAUAUAUAAAUAUAUAUAUACGGACAACUCAAGAAGAAACUACAGGGCGGUGGCAGCGGUAAAAUUUAAAUAACUAAAUAAAAUUUAAUAACACAUAAAAGUACAUAUAAAAAUUAAAUAUCACCAUGGAACCGGUUAAAGAAGAAUUUGCAAGUUUAUCGUCAAUCUCCAUUACGUCCCGCAUCCCAGAUUUUUGGAAGAAAUCGCCGAAAAUAUGGUUUAUACAAACGGAAGCAGUUUUAUCGCCACAGAAAAUGUCAGAUGAGGCGAAAUAUCAAAUAGUAAUUUCUAAAUUAACGCCAGAAGUCAUCGAGCAAGUCACGGACAUUUUAAUUAGCCCGCCGGAGACAGGAAAAUAUGAAAAAUUAAAAAGAAGAUUAUUACAAAUUUUUGAAGAAUCGGAAGAUCGACAAAUAAAAAAAUUAAUUGGCGAAAUGGAAUUGGGUGAUCAAAAACCGUCACAAUUAAUGAGGAAAAUGCAAGAUUUGGCGCGUGGACGAGUAACAACAGAAACACUUCUAGUUUUAUGGCAAAAUUUAUUACCGCCGGCAAUAAGAGCUGUGUUAGCCGUAUCCGAGAGUAAAAGUGAAGAUAUUUUGGCAUCAAUAGCAGAUAAAGUUAUGGAGAGCAUGACACCCUUAAACUCGGUAUCAGCAGUUCAACAGUCCAGUUUAGGCAACAGUCCAGAAAAUAAUUUGAUUGGUGAGAUAGAAAAAUUAAAUAAUCGACUGAGAAGAUUGGAAACAAGAAAUAAUACAUCAAAUUUUAGAACGAGGUCACGAUCCAGGUCAAGAGGUAGAUUUCAACGUAAUCAAAGGCAUAAUCCCAAUUGGCUUUGUAAAUACCAUUACAAAUAUAAAAACAAAGCGACGAAAUGUGUGAAACCGUGCAACUGGAAACCUAGUCAGCGUGAGAAACCAGCGGAAAACUAGCAUCGGUGCAGCCAGCGACGGGUGCCUGCGACCGAGUCUACAGAAAUAACCGUCUCAGUGUUUUGGACAGAAAUUCAGGACUAAACUUUUUAGUUGAUAGUGGUGCAAAUGUGUCCGUCAUCCCGCGUAGUGUGGUGUAUGAGACGCCAAAACACGAUGUUUGUCACUAUAUCGAGACGACAGGACCGCCGGUGCAUGCGAGAGCGAGGCAGCUUCCUCCUGACAGGUACGUAAAGGCUAAAAAUGAAUUUAUUGUUAUGCAAGAGUUAGGGAUUUGUAGACCGAGUAGUAGUCCUUGGGCAAGUCCACUACAUAUAGUUCCCAAAAAAGAUGGUAAUAUUAGGCCUUGCGGUGAUUAUAGACGUUUAAAUGCAAUUACGAAACCAGAUCGUUAUCCAGUACCACGUUUACAUGAUUUUACAUAUAUUUUGGGUAAUAAGAAAAUUUUCUCUAAAUUAGAUAUUAAUAGAGCCUAUAAUUCUGUGCCUGUUGCAGAAAAUGACAUAAAAAAGACAGCAGUUAUUACACCUUUUGGUUUAUUUGAAUUUAUGCGUAUGCCAUUUGGUUUGCGAAAUGCUGCGCAAACUUUCCAACGUUUCAUGCAAGAAACAGUUUUAAAAGGUUUAGAUUUCUUAUUUAUUUAUAUCGAUGACGUCAUUAUCAGUUCAGAAUCAGAAAGUCAGCAUAGAGAACAUUUAGAGCAAGUUUUUGAUCGUUUUAAUCAAUUCGGUAUAACUAUCAAUUUUUCAAAAUGUAGUUUUGGUCAGCAAAAAUUAGAGUUUUUAGGU